CCAGAAAGACUUUGCCAGUUUUUGAAGGUUAAAUAAAUAUAAAUAUUAUUUCAAUUCACGCAUUCAACGCUGCCUUCCUUCCGACACACCCUCCUCCCCUCUCCUCUCCGUCGCUUGAGCUGGAACCGUAUUCUUCACUCAUCUCCAACUCACUCAUGGCGCGACUGAUUCAACUCACUAUCCUUUUCAUUCAAUUUUAUUAUUAUUAUUACAUCACCACCACCGCACACGGCGUCUCUUCCAAUGGAACCACCUUCCUCCUCGAAAGUUCCCGCUCUGCCAUGAUAUUACCACUCUUUCUAUCUCCUCCAAGUCCGUGUACAAAAUUCUCCACUACGCGUCGCCUUCUCCAGAGAUCCAAUGCUAAUGCUCUGCCCAACGCGCGCAUGAGACUCCACGAUGAUCUCCUUAUCAACGGGUAUUAUACAACAAGGCUAUGGAUCGGGACGCCGCCACAGAGAUUUGCGCUGAUUGUUGAUACAGGCAGUAGUGUUACUUACGUUCCAUGUUCUUCUUGUGAGCACUGCGGCAGGCACCAGGAUCCAAAGUUUCAACCAGAUUUGUCAAGCACUUACCAAUCUGUAAAGUGUAAUAUAGAUUGCAAUUGCGACGAUGAAAAGCAACAAUGUGUUUAUGAGAGACAAUAUGCUGAAAUGAGUACUAGCAGUGGCGUUCUUGGUGAGGACAUCAUAUCCUUUGGCAAUCUAAGUGCACUUGCUCCUCAACGUGCUGUUUUUGGUUGUGAAAAUAUGGAAACUGGUGACCUUUACAGUCAGCAUGCUGAUGGCAUAAUGGGACUGGGUCGUGGGGAUCUUAGUAUUGUGGAUCAUCUUGUUGAUAAAGGUGUGAUUAACGAUUCAUUCUCAUUAUGUUAUGGUGGAAUGGGAAUUGGUGGAGGUGCGAUGGUUCUUGGUGGUAUAUCACCCCCUUCAAACAUGGUUUUUAGCCAGUCUGACCCAGUGCGCAGUCCAUAUUACAACAUUGAUCUGAAGGAGAUACAUGUUGCGGGAAAGCCAUUGCCUCUAAAUCCUACAGUGUUUGAUGGAAAACAUGGAACUAUCCUGGAUAGUGGUACAACAUAUGCUUACCUACCAGAAGCAGCUUUCGUGUCAUUUAAGGAUGCUAUUAUGAAGGAGCUUCAUUCCUUAAAGCCCAUUCGUGGGCCUGAUCCAAAUUAUAAUGACAUUUGCUUUUCUGGUGCUGGAAGUGAUAUUUCCCAACUGUCAAGCUCCUUUCCAGCGGUUGAGAUGGUAUUUGGAAAUGGGCAGAAGUUGUUACUGUCACCAGAAAAUUAUUUAUUCCGACAUUCAAAAGUGCAUGGUGCAUAUUGUUUGGGUAUAUUCCAAAAUGGAAAGGACCCAACCACUCUUCUAGGAGGAAUUGUUGUCCGGAAUACUCUUGUCUUGUAUGAUCGUGAAAAUUCAAAGAUUGGUUUUUGGAAGACUAAUUGUUCGGAGUUAUGGGAAAGACUUAAUGUAGAUGGUGCACCGCCCCCAGCACCUUCAUCUUCAAAUGAAAAUAACUCAAAUACAGAAAUGCCACCUUCCAUGGCUCCUGGUGACCAAAAACAUUAUGGUCUUCCAGAUGAAAAGAAAAUUGGACAAAUAACUUUUGAAAUGAUGUUGAAUGUCAACUACUCAGACCUGAAGCUUCACAUUUCAGAACUUGCUGAAUCCAUUGCUCAGGAGUUAGGCAUUAACAGUUCACAGGUCUAUAUUCUGAAUUCUAUGGAAAAAGGAAAUGCUUCGUACAUUGAAUGGGCUGUAGUCCCUUCCGGAUCUGCUGACUGCAUUUCUAAUGUCACUGCUCUUAGCAUAAUUGCCCGUGUUGCUGAAUACCACAUGCACCUUCCUGAUACAUUUGGAAGUUAUCAUUUGAUUAACUGGGAAAUCAAGGCUUCAGCAAAACGGACAUGGUGGCAGCAACAUUUUCUAUUGGUGGUUUUGGCCAGUGCUGUUACGUUUAUUUUUGGAUUAUUAGCUUUUGGAAUAUGGUUUAUAUGGAGACACAGACAACGAGCAUUGAAUCCAUACAAACCAGUCGAUGCAGUAGUUACUGAGCAAGAACUGCAGCCGUUGUAGGCUUCUCGAGGGUCGAUGAAUUCUUUUAUUUAUGCUGCAGUGUGUAAGAAUUUUUUUGUUCUUUGAUUCAGAAGCUGUAAAUUCUGCAAUCCGAGUGACCAAAUUUCUCAAGAUUUUAUCAAUAGACAAAACAGCCCUAUCAACUGCUUUAUUGUGUUAUUCAGUAAACAGGGCGGUGUCAAAAGAAUAGCCUUCAGUCCAAAUUUUGUAUUUUAAUAGUCAUAACUUCGUAUAUUGAGCAGGGGGGAUUCUUUA